AUGGUUUCCACUUCCGAGAUGCUAGCUAAUGCUCCCACCCCAUCUGGCUCCUCGACCAACGACGUUCCGACGCUCCCCUCCCAUCUGCUCGAGCCCAUCGACGUCUUCAUGAUCGACAACUUCGACUCCUUCACCUGGAACUUAUACCAAUCCCUCUGUCUCCUUGGUGCCCGCGUUACUGUCGUCCGCAAUGACUUUGUCCCUAUCCAACAUGCAGCUCGUCUAUUUGCGCAAAUGAAGAUCGGCAGGCUCAUCAUCUCUCCCGGCCCGGGCAACCCCAAGGACGACGCAGGCGUGUGCGAGGAGGCGAUCAAGUAUUGGGCCGGCAAGGUGCCGAUACUGGGCGUGUGCAUGGGUCUGGAAGUCAUCGUGAACACCUAUGGAGGAGAUAUUGCUUAUGCUGGCGAGAUUAUGCACGGAAAGCUAUCACCUCUCACCCACGACAACCGGGGCAUAUUCCGCGGGCUCCCUCAAAACUUUAUGGUCACCCGAUACCACUCCCUCUCCGCCGCCCACUCCACCCUCCCAUCAUGUCUCGCACCCACCGCCGCAUCCGACACAGGCGUCAUCAUGGGCGUCCGCCAUCGUACGCUCGCGAUUGCAGCGGUUCAGUACCACCCCGAGAGCGUCGUCUGCGAGCAGGGCGACGCGCUGCUCAGAAAUUUCCUCAAGCUGAAUGGCGGCGAGUGGAGAAACAAUCCCGAAUAUGGCGUCGACGCAGGUCUCCCUCCCUUCCCGGUUGAAGUACUCGCCCCGUCGCAGGCUGUCAAUGGCUCAGCCGGGAAGCUAGGCACGAACGGGUCAGCAGUGGCGAAAGCCGCGCCAAGCAUCCUCGACAGGAUCUACGCCCAGCGUGCCCAAGACAUCGUAGAUGCGAAGCUUGUUCCAGGGCACGCUCCCGCCUUCCUACGUGCACAAAUCGCACGUGGUGCAUCUCCAGCCCUCAUUGAUUUCCCUGCCCGGCUCGCGCAGUCCAAACCUGCGCUCAUGGCCGAGAUCAAGCGCGCGAGCCCGUCCAAAGGCGACAUCGCCCCAGGUGCCGACGCCGGUGCACAGGCGCUCGCGUACGCACUCGCCGGCGCGGCUGUCAUCUCCGUGCUUACUGAGCCGACGUGGUUCAAGGGCACCCUUGCCGAUCUUCGGGCUGCACGUCUCGCCGUGUCGCACCUGCCCAACCGGCCCGCGAUUCUCCGCAAAGAAUUCAUCCUAGACGAAUACCAGAUAGACGAAGCGCGUCUUGCAGGCGCGGACACUGUCCUUCUCAUCGUCGCCAUGCUUCCUCCCCAUCGCCUGCAGGCUCUCUAUGACUAUUCGCGUUCACUGGGGAUGGAACCCCUCGUUGAGGUGAACAACGCCGCCGAGAUGAAGGCAGCCUGCAAGCUUGGUGCAAAGGUCGUCGGCGUAAACAACCGUAACCUGCACUCCUUCGACGUUGACAUGUCCACGACCGGACGGCUCGCAGCACACGCACCGCCAGGGUCUAUCCUCUGCGCGCUUAGCGGGAUAACCGGCCCGGCAGACGUGCGCGCCUUUGCUCGCCAAGGAGUAGGCGCCGUCCUAGUCGGCGAGAGCCUGAUGCGGGCGAAGGACACCGCCGCAUUCAUCCACGAGCUGCUCGGAACGCCCAAGCCACCACCGACGCCUGCGUAUAAGCCACUCGUCAAAAUAUGCGGAAUCCGGAACAAGGAAGAGGCGCUCGCGGCGUCUCAGGCAGGCGCAGACAUGCUCGGCCUCGUCUUCGCACCCAAGUCCAAACGUGUAGUCUCUACCCAGGCAGCACUUGAAAUCUCCCUCGCCAUACGCACACUACGUAGCUCCCCCGAAGCGCCAACACCGUCCCCGCUCAUCCCUCGCCCAAAGGACAGCCAAAAUCUGCCCUGGUUCGCCUCCCACGCGACACGUCUCGCGGCGUCGAAGGGCCGCCCGCUGCUCGUAGGCGUCUUCCAGGGCCAAACCCUCUCCGAGAUCCUCGACGCCGUCGAAGGCGCGCAGCUCGACAUGGUCCAGCUGCACGGGCGCGAGCCGCCCGAAUGGGCACUACACAUCCCCGUGCCCGUCGUGCGCGCGUUCCACGUCGAGACGCCCUCUUCCCCUCAACCAAACGGCUCUGCUGAGUCAAACGGAGCCUCGGAGAAAGCAAAGGAAAGCGGCCUUCGCGACGUCUCCUGCCCGGGCCUGCACAAGUUCGUCCUCCUCGACGCGAUGCGGCCCGAUAGUACCGGUCUCUCAGGUGGCGGAGGCAAAGUGCUUGACCUCGACCUCGCGCAGCGCAUUGUCCGCGCGGGUGAGCUCGCGCCCCGCGUUGUUUCCUUCGACGCUUCACAGGCUUCAAACGGGACGGGCCAGGAGGAGCGGGAAGGCAGCGCUCUUCCGAUCAUUCUUGCUGGCGGGCUUACGCCUGAGAACGUCGGUUCUGUGGUGGAAAAGGUCAGCCCGUGGGCGGUGGAUGUGAGUGGUGGCGUCGAGAAUGCGGAUGGUACGGGCAAGGAUCUGGAGAAGGUAGCUGCGUUUGUUAAGGCCGUCAAGGGGUGA